CCGGUGCGCGUGGUUCGACCUGUCGCGUCGUUCUCUCUCGCUAAGCGAUCGAAGUGCAGUGCUCACCAAGGAUCGAUCGGAUUGAGUAACAAUGACAAUGCGGUGCCGGGCGUCGUCAAUCGUCGUCACAAUCGCGCUUCUGAUUGUCCUGCUGGAUGGUGCAAUUGGCAAGCUGCGGGUCGUCUACCGAUGGAAGCAAAUCGAUUAUGAAUGGCCGAGCAAUGACAUUAAGAGGCUCUUCCCAGAUUACAAGCAGGAGGACAAUUUGCCCUUGGGUUUAGAGGUGGCUGGUGAUCGGCUAUUUAUCACAGUGCCGAGAUGGAGACAAGGGGUUGCUGCAAGUCUCAAUUAUAUUCGACUUAACGACACCCGCGAAUCACCACCUCUAAUUCCGUAUCCUUCUUGGGAGGCUCAUCAGUACGGUGCUGCCGGCGUGCCAGAGAUCGUUUCAACGUUUCGUGUGCGCGCCGAUCGUUGCAACAGACUUUGGGUCCUGGAUACAGGACUGACAGACAUCCUGGGUAGCCCUGAGCAACAGGCGCCGCCGGCGUUGAUUGUCUACGACCUGAUGACUAAUCGCAUGCUGCGCAAAUACGUGAUACCGUCCGAGCAAAGGACCACUGAUUCCCUGUUCGCCAACAUCGCUGUCGAGGAUUACUCAUGUGAGGACUCGUAUGGUUACCUGGGCGACCUCGGCGGUCCAGGUCUUGUUGUCUACUCCUGGAACCUCCGCAAGUCUUGGCUUGUCAAGCACCAUUCUUUCCAUCCAGAUCCGAUGGGCGGAGAAUUCAAAGUGUCAGGAAUAUCAUUUCAAUGGAAUGACGGCCUGUUCGGGAUGGCUCUCGCGCCGACUGGUGACGGCUACAGCACCAUGUACUACCAUCCACUCUCUAGCGGCAUGGAAUUUUCCGUUAGUACAAGGUUGUUACGCGAUGCUCAGCGUGCCAGUGUUGCGGAAACGUCUCAUGAAUUCCAAACGCUGGGCUCGCGCGGACCUAACGGUCAGAGUAGCGUCAGCUUCCUGGAUCCGAAGACCGGAAUUCUUUUUUACGCGCUGACGAAUCUAAACGCUAUCGCUUGUUGGAAACCGCAAAAUAAAUUUACCGUACAGCAACAAGGCUACGUUUAUCAGGAUAAUGUUACCAUGGUUUUCCCCAAUGAUCUUAAGAUCGAUCGAAACGGCAACUUGUGGAUUCUCUCUGACAGACUGCCCAUCUUCAUGUACUCGCAAUUGGACCUACAUGAUUAUAACUUUAGGAUACUUAUGGGGUCAACCGAGCAACUCAUCAUGGGCACGGUUUGCGAUUCGACAUCGCCUUUCACCACAACGACGAUAUACGAUCACAGAGAUCACAUGGAUCACAUGGAUCACAUCAAUAAUCGCAUUGAUCACAAAGAUCACACGAUGAGUUUGACGCCCAGAAUCGGGAACUCGGCCGGUUUCAUAAAGAUAGAGAUCGCGACUAUGCUGUUGCUAACAUGCCUCAGUAAAGCUCUCAUUUAUAAACGAAAUUUAUUUAACCGUAUUACUUCUGCAUGUGCAAAAAUUAUCGCCCUAAAUACACCGUUUACCAUACUUAAACUUUUAUUUUUUAUUUAUGUAGGCGAAAUCAGAAAAAUCUUUAAUAUGCCGAAAAGUAGUACAAUACCUGGUAUGGUUUACCUGCCGGCGAGAGAAAACCCUUCAAAAACCGCGAUGGAUUUUCUCAAUGCUAGGAAAAAAGUUGACGGGGCAGAAGGAUUGUGGAGAAUUGAAAACAAACUUUAUGAUUUGGAAACCUUCGUGAAAUCACAUCCAGGUGGAUCUGAAUGGCUACGGCUCACGAAAGGAACCGAUAUCACUGAGUUGUUCGAGGCCCACCACAUCACCGACAAGGCUGAACGGCUCCUGCCAAAAUUUUACGUUCGAGAAGCCGCAACACCACGGUCAGUGCCCUUGACUUUUUUGCCGGACGGCUUCUAUCGUACAUUCAAGAGACGAGCAGUCGAAGCUUUGAAGAAUGUCGAUUUUCAUAAACCGUCAACAACGACGAAUCUCAUCAUCGAUUCCUUAGCGACUACGACUUUCGUGCUGAGUCUCGUAGCCGCCCUCGUUCACUCUUAUGCUAUUCUGAUUCUUGCCAGCCUUUUUUUAACAUGGACGACCGUUGCAGCACACAAUUAUUUCCACAUGAGAGACAAUUUUCGUAUGUACUACUUCGAUCUGAGUAUGCUAUCUUCGAAAAAUUGGCGCAUCACGCACGCAAUGAGUCACCACAUGUACCCCAACACCAUAUGGGAUUACGAGAUGUACGUGGUCGAGCCGUUUCUACAAUGGUACCCUCGAAAGGAUAAAUCCUACUUAACGGGAAUGAUAAGCAAGAUUAUCAGUCCCUUUGUCUGGAUGUUAUUGUUCGUUGUGGAAGGCAUAAAACGAUACUAUUUAGUGUACACGGAGUAUGGGGUUUUCGAAUUUCGUGAUUUCGUGCCAUUCUUACUGCCUAUAUCGAUGAGUUUGGUAGCGCCCAAGAUUUUUAUUGCUUUCAAGCUGUGGUUCAUGAUGUUGCUGAUAAGUAGCACCAUGUUUGGUUUAAUCGGCUUCAACGCGGCCCAUCAUCAUCCUGAUAUCUUUCACGAUGGCGAUGUCUACAGAAAUGACUUGGACUGGGGAUUACUCGAGAUAGACGCCGUACGUGAUCGUAAAGUAAUCGACGACUCGAUCUUCCUAGUUAUGACGAACUUCGGCUCGCACACAUUGCACCAUCUGCUACCCAUCGUGGACCAUCACUAUUUACCAUUAUGCGUGCCUGCUUUCCUGAAGACGUGCGAGGAAUUCAACGUCAGCUCGGAGAAGUGGACGCAAUGGGACCUUCUGAAAGGACAAUUCAAUCAACUCACGCGCACUGACGUGAAGAAGAAUUACAGAGAGUGCUCAUCUUCAACGAAAUAGCGUGCUCAAUCGCGGAUGUUGAAAUUAUUAUGUGCAUUACGUAUAAUUUUUUACAUAUCAAUUUGCAAGCAUGAACUUCGGGUGAAUAUGUUCCAUACAACGCAUUUUAUACAAGAUACAUCCUAAGAUCCUUAAGACAAUCAGAGAAUAUACGACAUCUUUUGGACGUCUUUAGGACGUUCCUUAGAGGUAUGUGCUGUAUAGGAUGUAAAUGAAAUAAUUAAAGUGGUUAAAUUAUGCUAGAUAAGUUUUUUAUGAGUUGAAAUGAAAAUCGAAUUUAGAUAUUGUAUGUAUAUAAAGUAGAAAAGUAAACUGAUAAUGAUAAUUCUAUUUUAUUUCGAGAAACAAAAUAUUUGCAGGAAUAGUAUCACCACGUAAAGAUCUAUUAAAGCCAAAAAUUAUUUUUUACGAUUAUUUUCUACGAUUGUAUUAUAUUAUACUA